CAAAAAAAGAAAGAAGCAGCUAUUAAGAGAGUUGAUUUCAAGAAGGACCCUUCGGGGAAAAAAAAAAGCUUCUUUUGCAGAUAGAAAGAGAGAAAAGAGAGAAGGAAAAUAAAAAAACAAAGCAUUAUACUUUUUGUAUAUAAAAUCAUUUUCUUUUAGGGUAAUUUGUUUUGGUGGGAAGAAAUGGAGUUCGAGGAACAAGAAGAAGAGAUGGGUUUGGCACCAAGUUAUAACUCGCUAGUAAACUCAACCGCAGUCAAAAUGUCAGAUGCUGAACCGGGUUCAAUAACUCCAACCGGUCAGCAACAGCAGCAACAGAGGAAGCGAAGGUAUAGAGAGUGUUUGAAGAACCACGCGGUGGGUAUCGGCGGUCACGCCGUCGACGGUUGCGGUGAGUUCAUGCCGGCUGGAACUGAAGGUACACUCGACGCUCUCAAAUGCGCAGCUUGUAACUGCCACCGUAAUUUCCAUCGUAAGGAAACGGAACCGAAUUCUCCGAACACCUUCCCCUCGACGGACCUCUACUUCCACCAGCCAACGCAAUUCACACCUUACUUUAGAGCACCAACGGGUUACCUCCACGUGGCGGGACAGCAAAGGCUAUUAGCUUUGCCCUCGACGUCGGGAGGUGGAGGAGGACACAGCAGGGAGGAUCAAGAGGAUGUUUCGAAUCAAGGGAGUUCAAGGAAGAGGUUUAGAACAAAGUUCACACAUGAUCAAAAGGAGAAGAUGUUGGAGUUGGCUGAGAGGAUAGGGUGGCGGAUUCAGAAACAUGAUGAACUGCUCGUUCAACAGUUCUGCAAUGAAAAUGGUGUAAAAAGGCAAGUCUUCAAAGUUUGGAUGCAUAAUAACAAGCACACACUUGGUAAGAAACCCUAGAAACAUGUU